AUGAGCGGCUCCGUGCGGCCCGCCCCGAGCGCGUGGCGCCGCGCGGCCUCCUUGGUGCUGGCGGCGGGCUGGCCGCGAACCCGCGCCGGCGCCGCCGACUUCCGGCUGCUGCUGCUGCAGCGCGCCGCCUCGCAGCGCUUCCUGCCCGGCGCCCACGUCUUCCCGGGCGGCGUGCUGGACGCGGCCGACUACUCCGCCGACUGGCUGGGGCUCUUCGCGCCGCACCACGGGCCGCCGCGCUUCGGCCUGGGCCCGGCUCGCCCCGCCGCGCCCGCGCCCGCGCCGCCCGUCGUCACGCCGCCCGCCGAGGCCGCGGCGCUGCCCGAGGACGUCGCCGCGCGCAUCUGCGCCGUGCGCGAGGCCUUCGAGGAGGCCGGCGUGCUGCUGCUGCGGCCCCGGGGCGGCGGCGCGGGCGCGGGCGCGGGGCCCGGGUGCGCGCGCGCGGCCCCGCCCGACCUGGCCGCCUGGCGCGCGCGCGUGCGCGGGGACGCGCGGCGCUUCCUGCAGCUGUGCGCGCGCCUGGACUGCACGCCCGACAUCUGGGCGCUGCGCGAGUGGAGCGCGUGGCUCACCCCCGCGCUCGUGGGCGCGCGCCGCUUCGACGCCGUCUUCUUCCUGUGCUGCCUGCGCCAGCCGCCGCCCGUGCAGCCCGACGGGUCCGAGGUGGUGGACUACCAGUGGUUAUCUCCACCAGAAGCAACUAGAAGCUUCGCAUCAGAAAAAAUUUGGUUGGCACCGCCACAGUUUUAUGAAGUAAGGAGACUCGACAACUUUACCUCGCUGUCUGCCCUGCACAAAUUUUCUUUGGAUCAUGCAUUAGAGGGGACUGAAAGAUGGCUGCCAAUCACAUAUUUAACUGCCGAUGGUAGAAUCCAGCUUUUACCAGGAGAUGAGUUAUACAUACAUGAUUCAAGCUUUUUAGAGAAGAUUUUAUCUACUGAGAAGACGACUGACGAGGUCAUGAAAGAAGGCCAGAAAUUCCACCGAAUAGUGAUAUACAGUAACUAUACCUAUGGCAUCUAUGUUACUGUGGAGUCCAAGGAUAAACAGAUGUAUCCUAAGACCUUUGUAGGAAGUAAGAGCCACUUGUAGGGCGUUGCUUGUGUGUUGUUAGGUUAAUGGAGGAGGGCCAGUGCAUAGUAAAAGUCAACUGAACUUGUUUUGAAACCUAAGGAACAUUGGCCUGUCAAUGUCACAACACAUUUUCUUUUCUUUCUUUCUUUCUUUUUUUUUU